UUAGGUUAGUGUUUACCAUUGAAAUUGUCAGGCUCCACAAUGUCCAGGAAAUUGCUGAUUUUGUACGGUAGUGAGACAGGGACUGCCCAGGAUUUCGCCGAGCAAGUGUGGAGGGAGUCUAAGAGAUUCUAUUUCAAUGGACCAGUACUUCCGAUGGACUCGUACGACGUGAGAAAUCUUGUUGAUGAGAGCCUCGUUAUCUUCGUUUGCUCCACCACUGGCCAGGGCGAUGAGCCUGACAAUAUGCGGAGUUUCUGGAGGUUUCUGCUGCGAAAGAAACUACCCAGCGACUCCCUGCAAGGAGUGAAGUUUGCCGUUAUGGGAUUCGGGGACUCCGGAUACGUCAAGUACAAUUUUGCGGCGAAGAAGCUGCACAAGAGGCUGUUGCAGCUCGGCGGAAUGGCUCUCAUGGCAGUGGGGCUCUGUGAUGAUCAACACGAUUUGGGACCAAGCGCAACAUACAUGCCAUGGUUGGAGCAGCUGUGGGAGAAGAUCCUGGCCAUUCAGCCGCUCCCGGAAGGUCAGAAUCCACUUGAAGAAAGUCCACGGCAAUUUCGUUGGAAUGUUGAGCCGAUAGAUGAAGACAAGGAGAACAAUUCAAGUGUCCGGAAGGAGACUGACAAUAUAUAUGCCACCUCUCAGAGCCUCCUGAACUCACAGAAUCCUACAGUGAGACUGGUGCUAGAGGAAAACAGGAGGAUAACUCACGAAGAGCAUUUCCAAGAUGUUCGCUUUAUCAGCUUCAAAAUGAUCAAUCCCAUUGCUUGGCAACCUGGCGACGUGCUAGUUCUGCGUCCCUGCAACGGGGAGGAUCGUGUGAGACAGCUCUUCGGACUCUUCCAGGAGCACAAUCUUCCUCUUCAUCCAGAAACUGUGAUUGAGAUUCGGGAAGUGGAUUUCGAAAUGCCAGUUCCUGACUGCUUACGAGCUCCAAUCUCCUUGAGAUCUCUGGCCACACAGUAUUGGGAUUUAAAUGCCAUUCCGCGCCCUCGUGCCUUCGCUCUUUUGGCCAAAAACUGCCUCAAUGAUUUGGAACGCGAGAGACUGCUUGAGUUUUCCUCUCCAGCGGGCCAGGAGGAUCUCUUCUCCUACGCGAAUAGACCCAGAAGGACAAUUGUAGAAGUUCUACAGGAUUUUCCUCAUGCGACUUCUCGUCUCACUCUAGAGAUUCUCAUGGAAGUAUUCCAGCCCAUCAAACCCCGAUCGUUUUCCAUCGCUUCCUGUUCAGAGGUGGGAAGACUGCAGUUACUCGUGGCUGUGGUUGAGUAUCGGAGCAUCCUGGCGACUCCUAGACAAGGUUUGUGCUCAACAUGGCUUAAAAAUCUGCCCAUUGGUACCAAGAUUGUGGGCUGGCUGAAGAAGGGCACACUGAAAUUGCCGGCUGACGCCUCAAAACCACUGGUUAUGGUGGGCCCAGGCACGGGAUUGGCUCCAUUCCGAAGUGUCCUGCUGCAGAAGGAGGUAAAGUUGGCGAGAGAAUUGACUGCGAUGAGUGUUCUCUUCUUCGGUUGCCGUAAUCGCCAGGGAGACUUCCAUUGUGAGGAGGAACUGAAGAGGAUGGAAGGAGUUGGUCUACUGAAGCUCAUAACAGCAUUCUCCAGGGAUCAGGAGGAGAAGAUAUAUGUCCAGCACAGGAUCAAAGAGAGCGGGGAACUGCUCAGGAAUCUGCUGAUUAAUCAACAAGGGUACUUUUUCGUGGCUGGAAGCUCCAAAAACAUGCCUCAGUCGGUCAAGGAAGCCCUGAGUGAGGUAAUUGGGGAAGACAAUGUGCAACAGAUGCUGACGUCUGGACGAUACCAGGAAGAAACGUGGUCAUAG